UGCGCAAACCUAGUACAAUAGCAGAUGAUACCUAUGAUGUUCCAAAUAAUUCCUAGUUCUUUUGUGAUGCUUCUCUUUUUCUUGAUUUUCUUGUCCCUCAAUUCCUCUGUUUCUUUUGGACAAGAAUUAUCAAUUGGAGACCAAAUUGGCGCAAACAAAACAAUUACCAUUGGUGUUACUAUUGUUUCUUCUGGUGGAAAGUUUGAAUUAGGCUUUUUUACACCAAACAACGGUUCCAGUUAUUACAUUGGCACGUGGUACAAAAACAUUAGCCCACAAACAGUAAUUUGGGUGGCGAAUCGCCACUUGCCUCUUUCUUUUUCCGAAAUGGCCAAUGCAGAAUUCGCGAUCACGAAUGGCAAUUUGGUCCUCCUGAAUGGCACCAAACAGCUAAUUUGGUCUACGAAUAUCGACUCCACAGAGCAUAAUUCUGUGGUAGCUGUCCUUGGUAAUGAUGGGAAUUUUGUCUUGAGAGAUUGUUCAAAUUCAACUUCUCGUGUACUCUGGCAAAGUUUCGAUCAUCCUAGUCAUACCUUUAUGCCUGGCUCGAGAACUGAUUACAACAAAAAUACCAAUUCCACGCGAUACAUCACGUCCUGGAGGAGUUCAGAAGAUCCUAGUCCGGGACCUUAUACAGUCGAAAUUAAUCCAACCAAUGGCCAGUUUCGGGCAAUGUGGAAUAGGACUGAGGAAUACUGGAACAGUGGAUCCACUUGGGAUGGAGAUAGUUUCAGCAGCGUGCCGUAUAACAUUCCCAACACGACGGUUAAUUAUACGUAUGUCAAUGAUGACAACGAGGUUUAUUACUUCAGUCCGUUAGUCAUAUCAAGAUUCGUGAUCGAUGUAACGGGGGAAAUGAAGCAGUUCACAUGGUUGGAUAGUUCCAAGCAGUGGAAUGUGUUUUAUCUUCAACCAGCACAGCACUGUGAUGUCUAUGCUUAUUGUGGGGCAUUUGGAACUUGCAAUCUGCGCUCAACUUCAGUAUGCAGGUACAGUGGCGAACUCAGGAUUUUUAAAUCAGGGCUCCUCAAUCAUUUUUAA